AUGGCAACAGCAGCAGGUGAAGCACGAUGUGUUAAAUGUGGAAAAGAGAAAAGUACAGUUCGAUGUGAUGGAUGUUCUCAACCAUUUUGUUACAACCAUCUGAUAGAACAUCGACAAGAAUUAGACAAACAACUAGAUGAAAUUGAAGUAAAUCGAGAUCUUUUUCGACAAACUCUUACAGAUCAAUCAGCUAAACCAGAAAAUCAAACACUAAUGAAACAAGUCAAUCAGUGGGAGCAAGAUUCAAUUGAUAAAAUUCGUCACACAGCAAAUAAAGCAAGAGAAUUAAUACUGAAGCAUACCACGAAAUAUCUGACUGAAAUCGAAAUCAAAUUAGACACAUUGACUAAACAACUACGAGAAAGUCGUGAAGAGAAUGAUUUUAUUGAAGCAGAUCUUCAACGAUGGAACACUCAAUUAAUAGAAAUGAACAACGAAUUGGAUAAACCCUCAAACAUUACGAUUCAACAAGAUUUGACACCAUUAAUCAGUACAAUUCGUGUUAAUGUAUCAGGUAAUCUUUGA